UGAACCCCAAUCAAUCCCGGCUUAUCAAGGCAUCGCUCGUGUCACCCCAGUGAGGUUUUGCGCCCUACCCAUGUUGAAAGGAACAACAGGAAGCUGAAGAACAUGCUCACACACAGGAUGUGGGUUGUAGAAGUUGCGAGCGCUUAGAGGAAGAGAGCAGGGGGAGGAGGAGGGAGCGCUCGCUCGGUGCAGCUCUCAACGGUCUGACCCUUUUUCAUUAGGUGCGACAGGUGUCUGGACUAAGGUUUUAGUCGUCGUUUUUUUUUUUUUUUUUUUAGAUGUCUGCCUUUUAUUUAUAGACUUUUUAAAUGUUUUUGUUUUGGGGUGUCAUAAGUUGUGUCAUGGAGUGGGAGAGGCUUUGAGAGAGAAAAAAAUGAUGGAAGAAGACGACAGGAUGGACCCUGAAGACUCGGAGACGGAUGAAGCACCUUCCUGGUCACCUCAGUCAAGGAAUCGGCUGUUGGCGGUUAACUCAGACUAUGCAGGAAAGAAAAGGAAGCAGGACCCACACAGUGGUGCAGGGAGUUUAGCAGGAUGCACAGAGGACAAUGACGAAGAGGACCUUGAUGUCAGUACAGACUCUUUCAAUGAUUCUGAGGAACCUUUAAACAAAAAGAGAGGAACUGUUGGAAAGGGGGCUCCACUCACAGGAAUUAUUACACCUGCGAAAACGCCAGCAUUGAAACGCCUGGGACAGUCCAUACAGAGGUCCAUCAGUUUCCGGACAGAGGCACGGCCACUGCCUGCCAUGCCAUCCAUCCGGACACGACAGAAGGCAUCUUCGUUUCCACGGCGCCGGAACAGCCAGCUGUGGAGUGACACAGUGGACUGUACGACCCAGGACCUGAGCGCCAAAGAGAUCAAGAGACAGGAGAUCAUCUAUGAACUUACACAGGGGGAGAGACAGCUCAUAGAGGACCUGAAUUUGGUCAAAAAAGUGUAUUAUGAGCCCAUGCUGACACUGAACAUUUUGACGGAGAGUGAGCUGGGCCAGAUAUUUGGGACGCUCGACUCCCUCAUACCUCUUCAUGAAGAUUGCCUGACUCGCCUGGAGCGGCUGAGAGGAGCAGAGAAAUUUGUGGAGUCGGUUGGGCCCACCUUAACACAGUGGUUCCCCUGCCUGGAUGCGUACAUCACCUACUGCUGCAACCAGGUGGCAGCGAAGGCGCUGCUGGACCAGAAGAAGCAGGAUCGGCGCGUGGACCAGUUCCUGCGGCUCUGCCAGGAGUCCUCCUUCAGCAGGAAACUGGACCUGUGGAACUUCCUGGACCUGCCGCGUAGCCGCUUGGUCAAGUACCCACUGCUUCUCAAAGAGAUCAGGAAGUGCACGCCCGCCGACCACCCCGACGAGGAGUUCCUACCUGGCGCUAUUGAACUCAUUCAGAGCAUCGUGUCCAAGGUGGACAAGAAGACGGGGGAGGCCGAGUGCCAGUUCUACAGGCAGGCCCUGUGCUACCCGGAGGACGUCCAGAGAGUGUCCGAGAUCAUGCGCUCCCGCUACAUCUACUGCCACGGCGAGCUGAAGAGCACCAAGGGACAUAAGCUGCAUGUGUUCCUGUUUGAGCUGGUGUUGGUACUGACCCGGCCUCAGGUGUCCGAGGGCUCGGUGCAGUUCCAGGUGUACCGGCAGCCCCUCCCUGCUGCAGAUAUCAAUCUUGAGGACAUCCCAGACGGAGAGGCAGGGAGCUCCGGAUCAUUCCGUGGGGCCUUCACUGGGAAUGACAAAGUGAAGAACUGUUUCAGAGUGAGCAGCAGGGGGCGCACUAAGGCGCAGUCCCACAGCCUCCAGGCCAACGACUCCUUCAACAAGCAGCAGUGGAUCUCCUGUCUGCGCCAGGCAAUUGUCCAAUCACGGGACGGCGAGACUCACUCCCGCCGACCGUCUGGCUUCUCCCCAGACCCUGGCCUGUGUCACAUAGCGGAGUUGAGCCUGAACUCUGACGUGGAGAUGAUGGGUUAAUAGAGCUCCAUAAGCAAGCAUGCUAUUGAACAUGAGGGGAUUUCGCAUUGGAACAUUUUCUGGUACUUGCAGUGACUCUGUACCCCCCCCCCCCCCCCACACACACACACACACACACACACACACACACACCACCACCACCACCACCCCACACCACCCUGAGCACUGUGCCACUUUGAUCAAAGAAAUGGCAUGAACUUCCUCCGGAUGCUUCUCAGUAGCAGAAUAAAUCAUACCGAAUGUGAAGGAGGACUCAAGAUAGGAGGUAGUUUUCAGAAGAUGAUCAUGCAUAAGAUAACGAAUGUAUGUGUAGGUGGGUGCUUGUAUAACUGUUGGUGUGGUAUUUUUUGCAGUGAACCAUUUUAUUAUUUCAAUCACUUGCCUACAUGUUAAAUGCAUAGUCUAAAUAUUCUUCAUAACAUUUUAUAUAAAAAAUCAAAUAAACUGACAUAAGUGCUGUCUUCCACCACCAUUAUUCAUUUUAAUCC